AUGUGUCUUGUUAUAUUAUGCACUAUAGACAUUGUGUUCACCUACUCUCUUAUUCACCCUUCCUUUCUCACGUCAGUUAUUCACCAUACCGAGGACACAGAUCAGCUUCCCGAUUCGUUUGCCUCGGUCAGUCCAUCCUCAUGCAAUGCUCGUGAAUCUGGGUCUGAUGAGUUCCGCGAUCGAAGUGACCACGGUCUGUUUCUUCACUCUCCUCGCGAGCGUUACGAUCACGGCACGGGUACCGGCCCGCGAACACUUUCCUCGUUGUCCAAUCCGUUCCAUUCGUCAACAACUCCUGACGAUCAACUCUCCGACACUCCAAUGGCAUUGACUUGCACAAAAAUAGAUCGCACAACCGAUCCGGUCCAGCCGUGUUCCAGUCUUUCGCCAUCACAAUCCCCACGAGACCCGACCCAAUCCUCCUCAUCCACAUGUCUCAUUUCCGUUCGUUCGGGAUCCGGGGAUCUGAAUUCCGCUUCCCGAUCCCGUAUUCGAUCCUCCUAUACCGGACGUCCGAGACGAUUGCGUACCACAUUCACCACAUAUCAGCUGCAUGCUUUAGAGACUGCGUUCCUAUUCAAUCAAUACCCGGAUGUGGCAGCACGUGAUCAAUUGGCCAGUCGAUUAAAUCUUUCGGAUGGAAGAGUUCAGGUAUGGUUCCAGAACCGACGGGCGAAACACCGAAAACAUGAACGUGCACGAAACGUGGUCACUAUGGCCAGUCAAGUGUGUCAAGGCGAAACGAAUCCAAUGGAUAUCAUCCUGUCCAAUCCCUUCCCUUCACAAAGAAUUUUCUCCGCCCCGUUGGAUUUUACCACCCAGACAGAUUGGUCUGUAGCUGUUCAGUCGCUAGCUGCUCAACUACACUCUACACAAUCCGCCGUUCCAUCUUGUACAGAUAAAGACGGAUCCGGUAUGUUGCUUCACGCCCCGACAAUUUCCACACUGUGGUCAGCCCUGUCAGACCAAUGUUUGGCGGGAGCACACAUCACAUCUGGUUCCCAUAUCACAUCAUCAUCUUCAUCAUGA